AUGCUAGAGGAUCGCUUUGCUGCCGCUCGAGAAGAUGACGCAAUUGAUGAGCGGAUGGGUUUUCAGCGUUUGGAGCAGGGUGAAACGAGGCAGGGUUGGAUGGUGAAUAUGCAUCCCACCUUGCUGUCCGAUGAGACGCAUCCUACCGGUCGGUCCGGUGUAGACUAUUACUUUGUCCAAGAUGACGCAUCUAUGUUUAAAGUCACUGUCCUCUACCAGCCUUACUUCUUGCUUGCAUGCUAUGCAGGAACUGAAUCCAUCGUAGAGGAGUGGCUUCGGCGGAAAUUUGAAGGUACUCUCAACUCGGUUGAGAGAAGACGUAAAGAAGAUCUUAAGCUUCCAAAUCAUCUUGUCGGAAAUCAGCGUACCUUUAUGAAUGUAAGUGACCUUCUGGCCGUGCGAAAAGAGCUGCUUCCUCUUGCGCUAGAAGCACAAAAGAAAGUUUCUGCCAUUGAUGCCUACACACAUGUACUACAAGACACUUUUAGCACCACAGAACCCGAGCUCCAUAUGAGUAUGACUAUUGAUGAGGCAGGGGCAGACAUAAGCGCAAAUAUUGGAGGAAGGAAUCCAGAAGACUGUGUGAUUUCGUUGUACGAAUACGACGUGCCGUACUACCUGCGAGUGGCGAUCGACAAUGAUAUUCGUGUUGGGUUGUGGUAUGAUGUGAGUUUCCACGAAGGAGUUGUGGUACUUCGUGCCGUGCCUGAGCGUGUCAAGCGAGCUGAUCCUGUCGUCAUGGCCUUCGAUAUCGAGACGACAAAGCAGCCACUCAAGUUCCCAGACGCUGAAACUGAUGUUAUCAUGAUGAUAUCAUAUAUGAUCGAUGGACAAGGAUUUCUCAUUACAAACCGUGAGGUGAUAAGCGAGGAUAUUGAAGACUUUGAAUACACGCCCAAAGACGAAUAUGAGGGACCAUUUAUGAUAUUCAAUGAGGCUGACGAGGUAUCCUUGCUACGUCGCUUUUUCUCACAUAUCCAGGAGGCACGUCCCACCGUUAUGGCAACCUACAACGGUGACUCAUUCGACUUCAUGUUCGUCGAUACGCGGGCUCGAGUCCAUGGUAUUGAUAUGCGCCAGGAAAUUGGAUUCUCGAAAGACUCGGAUGACGAGUACAAAAGCCGCCAUUGUUCGCACCUGGACUGUUUCCGGUGGGUCAAACGUGACUCUUAUCUUCCUCAAGGAAGUCAAGGCCUGAAAGCUGUUACAAUCGCCAAGCUAGGCUACGAUCCGAUGGAGCUCGAUCCGGAACUGAUGACACCGUACGCUUCUGAACAGCCGCAAACAUUGGCACAGUACUCUGUCUCAGAUGCCGUCGCCACGUACUAUUUGUACAUGAAGUAUGUUCAUCCAUUCAUUUUCUCUCUUUGCAAUAUCAUUCCCCUGAAUCCUGAUGAAGUCCUGCGUAAAGGAAGCGGCACCCUGUGCGAAACUUUACUGAUGGUUCAGGCCUAUAAAAGCAACAUCCUGAUGCCUAAUCGUCACGUCGAUCCGAUUGACAACACCUUUGAGGGCCAUAUUCUUGAGUCCGAGACCUAUAUUGGCGGGCAUGUGGAAGCAUUGGAAGCAGGCGUGUUUCGCAGUGAUAUCCCUACAGACUUUCACAUUGAGCCUGCUGCUAUUCAGCAGCUGAUUGAUGAUCUCGAUGAUUCGCUCAAGUUCAGCAUCGUGGAAGAAGGACAUAUGACCCUGAGUGACAUCGAGAAUUACGACGAAGUUCGAUCGCAGAUUUGUUCUAUGCUGGAAAAUUUACGAGACAAGCCUGUGCGUCAAGACAAACCAUUGAUCUACCAUUUGGAUGUGGCAGCGAUGUAUCCCAAUAUCAUGUUAUCGAAUCGACUGCAACCAGAUUCGGUCGUCGAAGAAGCUUUGUGUGCGUCCUGUGACUACAAUCGGCCUGGCAUGACGUGUGAUCGGCGCAUGAAAUGGGCAUGGAGAGGAGAAUAUUUCCCUGCCAAGCGAGAUGAAAUCAAUAUGAUCCGUCAUGCACUGGACAUGGAAUCCUUUCCGGGACGUGAUGGUCAAAAAACGCGUUCCUAUCAAGAUCUGAGCCCGUCAGAGCAAUCGGCCCUCUUGCAAAAACGACUGGCAGACUACAGUCGCAAAGUAUACAAACGAGUGCAUGAUACUAAGACCGUUAUCCGUGAGGCGAUCAUAUGUCAGCGUGAGAAUCCAUUCUACAUCAAUACAGUACGUGAUUUCCGUGACCGUCGCUAUGAGUACAAAGGCCUUCACAAAAGGUGGAAAAAGAACUUGGACAAGGCCGUAGAAGGUGGCGGCUUGGAUGAUGUACUAGAGGCAAAAAAGAUGAUCGUUUUGUAUGAUUCACUACAGCUGGCCCACAAGUGUAUUCUGAAUUCCUUUUAUGGCUAUGUUAUGCGCAAAGGUGCACGUUGGUAUUCCAUGGAAAUGGCAGGUAUUACAUGCCUGACAGGGGCGACUAUUAUUCAGAUGGCCAAAGAGCUCGUGGAUCGCAUUGGUCGACCACUGGAACUUGACACUGACGGUAUCUGGUGUAUGCUUCCUGGCACCUUCCCGGAAAACUUCAACUUCAAGUGUCGCAACGGAAAAUCUUUCGGCGUGUCGUAUCCCUGCACGAUGCUAAACUAUUUGGUGCACCAGCGCUUUACGAAUCACCAAUACCAUGAGCUGGAUACACAGUCGGGAUCGUACAAAGUGCACAGUGAGAACAGUAUUUUCUUUGAGCUUGAUGGGCCUUAUCGCGCCAUGAUUUUACCCUCCAGCAAAGAGGAAGACAAACUUUUGAAGAAGCGGUACGCCGUGUUCAACGACGAUGGUUCCCUCGCCGAACUAAAAGGCUUCGAGGUCAAACGCCGCGGAGAGCUGCAGCUGAUCAAGGACUUCCAGAAACAGAUUUUUAGCAAGUUCUUACUCGGAGACUCGCUGGUAAGCUGCUAUGCAGCAGCGGCUCAAGUGGCUGACCAAUGGCUCGACGUCUUGUACAGCAAAGGAUCCACACUGCAUGACGAGGAGCUCAUUGACCUGAUUGCUGAAAACAAAAGCAUGACCAAGUUGCUCAGCGAAUACGGAUCGCAAAAGUCGACAGCCAUUACAACAGCCCGGCGUCUUGCUGAAAUCCUGGGCAACCAAGUGGUGAAGGAUCGUGGUUUGGCAUGUAAAUUUAUUGUGUCUGCCAAGCCCUAUGGUGCACCUGUAACGGAUCGAGCUGUGCCCGUCGCCAUUUUCAAUGCAGAGCCAGAUAUAAAGGCGCACUUUUUGCGGCGGUUCCUUAAAGACAGCACACUCAAUGAUUUUGACCUGCGCAAUAUUUUGGACUGGAACUACUACAUUGAUCGCUUUGCCGGUGUGAUUCAAAAAUUAAUCACCAUCCCUGCCGCCAUGCAAAAGGUGCACAAUCCUGUACCGCGUGUUCGACACCCUGAUUGGCUCAUGAAGCGUGUAGCGGCGCGCGAUGACAAAGUGUCUCAGGUCAAGCUAGACCAGCUAUUCCGAGGUGCACCUGUGAAAGCUCGCAUGGCUCCGCCGCCCGCGACUGAGCCCAGGGUCGUAAAGGAAGUGCCGCCACCUGCUGACCCACCCAUUCCACCCAUUGAGCAUGAUUAUCCCGGAUGGGUUUCGGCUAUGCGAGUUCGAUGGCGUCGGCGACGCUCUGAAAGACGCGGCUUGGAAAAGCGCAGUAACACAUUGGGCGGCUUUUUCGAGCAGCGUAGCUCAGCUAUGGCCUCCAUUGCAUGGGACAUUGUCCAACUAGCUCCCACAUCGCGACCCGGAGAAUUUCGAUUAUGGGUGCUUGUGGACCGCCAACUUCAUGCCUUAAAGCUUAUGGUCCCGCGGCAGUUUUAUGUCAACUUUGUACAGCUGCCCAAGCCGGGUCUUCUUCGAGAUACAUACCGUGUCGAGGCUGUCACCAGAGUCCUGCCACGCGGCUCUCCCCUAAGAAACCUGAUGCACAUCACUGUGACGGAAGAAGAAUUCCGCAAGGAUGACGCCCACUUUUCUGCGCUGCUAAAUCACCCAAAUGUGGAUGGUGUCUAUGAGAUGCAGGUCCCUUUGGACGUUCGUGCCAUUAUUCAGCUGGGCGCCUCGUGCAAGUUACGCCCAGGCGCCAAGCUGAGCCAUGCCAUGGAUACUGGUCUUGCCUUGAGCGAUCUCUCCCAUGCCUCUCAUGCACACUCCAUGUAUCUUCGAAACGGACGCGCUAUGCGUACUGUGUACCUAUACCACGCAUCUGACAAGAAACGGCAUGUGUUGGUACUCGUUAACAGCGAUGGCCACGUGUAUGUCCAUCUAGUGGAUUCAGCGGGUCUGAAUGAAUGGCCCUCCCUGGAGCCCAUGUAUCAAGAGCGGCUGCAGGCUCUGCGCAAUGCUGGGCGAAUCCACGAUGGGGAAGGAGCCUUUGAGUACCCUGCGACCUUUUCACCGCAGGUCCACAUCCAUACAAAUGAGAUCAAGGCGUUCCGGGCGCUCAUGAAGGAUGUUCGAGAAGCUCGGUCAGGGAAACAGGGGGCGCCGUUGCUAGCCUUAUGUUCUUCGCGUCCAUUGAGUUACUAUGAUUCGCGAAUGGGCUUAUCAUCGGAGAUGCCCGUUCUCAUGGUACCAGCCGCUCGUGCGGAGGAUUCUCUGCCAGCCCUGGGCUGGCAACCUUACGCCGCACGCAGGAUGGUGAAUUGCUAUCUUCGGACUUCACUGUGGCUCGUGCGCUGGAUUGAGCUGGCGGCGCACCUGGAUAUACCGCUGGGUAACAUGCCUCGCGACUUUGCUAUGUUUGGCUCAGAUUUAGACCUUGCGCGUCGCCUUCAGCAAAGCGACAUGGUGUUAUGGUGGUCAGAGGGACCGAGGCCGGACUUGGGCGGUCGAGAGGAUGACAUGAAUCCUGGCACGGUCGAUGAAUUGGAUAUGCUCGAAAUUACCAAUCCAGGUGCCUAUUCUAGUAUCUGUCUCGAAGUACAGGUGGCUGAUUUGGCCCUCAAUUGCGUGCUGCAAAAUGCUAAUGUCCAUGCGAUGGAAGGUAUUGGUGCCGCAUCCAUGGCGUUUGACUCUGCAUCACAUUCUCUCGAAGAAUAUGCGCAUGGCCGAGUCCCUGCCACAGCAGAUUUGGGCGAUGCUGUACUCACUUCACAAACAUUUGCGACGGUGCGCAGCAUGGUGAAGGCCUGGCAUGUGGAAAAAACGCGUGGUCUAUCGACUUGUGCGUCUUUGCUGGCAGAUAAUUUCUGGCGUUGGGCGUGCAGCUCGAAAGCGGCGCUCUUUGAGCCAGCAUUGCAACGUUUCUUGCAGCGUCUGAUGCGCAAGACUUUGUUGCAGUUGCUCGCAGAGUUUAGGCGUCUUGGCGUUCAGAUUAUCUACGCAAGCUACACACGGCUGUUGCUACUUACCAACCGCCCGACAGCAGGAAGUGCAGCAGCGUUCGGUCGUUAUUUGAUGGGCACGGCUACCGGCCCCGAUGUAUUCCGUCACCUUACUCUCAACAUUGUGCAUGUGUGGGAAUACCUUGUAUUUCUAGAUAUGAACAAUGUUGGUGGUGUUAUUGCUCAUGACCCUGAAGCCAUCGAAUUGCCUGAGGAUGUGGACGUUGAGAUGGCCUGGAAUAUGCAGUCGUUCCUUCCGCUGGCGAUCCAGGAACGUUUCGCCAAGAUGGUGGGACUUUUUAUCUAUGAAUUAUAUCAUGCAAAACGCCAUACAGUGGCGCGCCAACAAGAGCGUCCAAUAAUGCGCCCCUUAUCACAAAACACGCCAUCCCAGGCACCUAGCGUUCAAGAGAAAGAUUCCACUGGUGUCGAUAAUGCCAAGUACAUUGUGUCGCAUGUUAUGACACAGCGCCUGCUGCGAAUGGUGAAUGAGAUUCAUGGAGAGUGGAAAGUGCAGGCAAACCCUGAGGAGUGGGCUUUCCCGCAUUUACCUGGCUCACAUCUUGAUCUUAAGAAUCCCACCUUGGAGUUUAUCAAGUCGGUAACGCGUGUGUUGUCAUUGCAUAAAGAAGCCAUCCUUGAAGCACAAAUUUGCAAGCGCAAUUUGCUGGACCUAAUUGGGGUGCGAGAAUUUGCCCCUGCGGCGGAGUGGCGAAACCCAUGUCUAUCAUUCCGCUUGCCCUGGGUCAUUUGUCAAUUCUGCAACGAUGACCGUACACUCGACCUUUGCCGAGAUGCAGACUUAAUCGCGAGUGCGCCGCAAAAAGAAUGGCAUUGUUUACGUUGUCAUACGCUCUAUGAUCGCGCCUCCAUUGAAUUAAGACUAAUUGCAAUGGUCCAACAACAGAUUGCACAGCACGUUAUCCAGGACUUGCAUUGCUCGCGCUGUGGAUGCAUCAAUACCAAUAAUUUGGCGCCUUAUUGUACAUGUUCAGGCGCCUGGGUGCAGAAGAAUACCCAGUCGGAUAUUAGCAAGCGACUUUCUCACGCACUUGCUAUUGCCCAGUUCCAUUCUUUUCCGUUACUUGCUUCAACGGUAGAGAUGUGGCUAGCGGCUGUGUAA